CUCAUGUUAUUCCAGCUAUCUGACAGAGACCGCUCGUGGAAAGAAGGAUCUCCGUCGUCUUCAGAGAAUGAUAGAGAGGCCCCUCCGACGUCCGGGGCUGCAAAAACAAGGCGACGUCCCGGGCAAGCGAGGGGCCUGGAUCGAGGAGGCCAUGGAAGGCCUUCCGUUAAAGCAGAGGCAAUUUCAGAAGACGUCAGAACAAGCGGAGAGUAACGGCCUUGACGUGCAUGGACUGGACAUGCCAACCGCUGGUCCACGGUCACGGAGGAGGUCGUCCCUGGGUGGGAUUGAGGAGGAUGAUUAUUUCAGCGACUCCUCGGAAGAAGAGCCGGACCUGUCGGCCAUGACGGAGGAAGAGAGGAAGGAGUACUUGGAGGCGAGGGAGAAGAGGCGACAGGAGAGAGAGAAGAGGAUGAGGGAGAAGUUCGGAGACAAAUAUGACGAGAUGAAAAGAAAGAAGAGAGAACAAAGAGAGGCUGAAACUAGAGCCAAAGCAGAAGCCGCCGCAGUAGCAGCAGCGGCAGCGGCGGCUGAAGCAGCAGCAGAAGACGCAUCUGAGACUGCAAAAGGAAGAGGUACCAGCGGGCCUAUCAGAGACCUAUCAACACUCCAGUCCAAGGCCAGGCAAAAACCGAAGAGUAUGGUGUCUUAUGAGCGAGGACCUGCCAGGGAAGUUGGCGGCACCAUCGAGAAGACCGAUGCCAGAGACAUUGGACCUUCCCAUUCAAAUUGGACAAAAAAGACGCCGAGAGCCCGAGACAUGCCGAGGAAAAGCCGAGAUGAGGGGUUUAAUUUCGAGUUCAAGCCUUCGAAGAUGCCUUCUAUAAAGUUGAAUAUAGGCGAUGACAAAGAUGUGAGACGACAGAGUCGAGCAGCACAAGGGCACCGCGUCAGUUUCCUCGAGAACCCGGAUGAAGUUGAGCCUGAAGAGGACCAAGGUCGCGACAGUCAACUGGGUGACCUUGGCGUUUUUGAAAUUGGGGAAGAUGGGAAACUGAGGGUCAAGGCCGGUGAAGAAAUUGACCUGAAAAGAAUUUCCAGUGCAGUUUUGCGCCGGCUAGGAAUUGAUCCGAAACUUUCAACGGACGAAAUAGUCAAACAGUUGAAGGAGAAGCUGGGUCGUGACGUGGUUGUCAAAGACGGCGUCUUCGCCAUUGGGACGAAACCUAUCACCGCCUAUGAUCUGAACAAGGUGACAGACGAGAUGCUGGCAGAGGACCUCGAGCUGGACAUCAACACACUGAAGGGUCCACGGCGAGUGAACGUGCUGAUGCAAAGAGGAGGGAGCGAGUUGCGCGACCACCUCCACAGGGUAAUGAAUCAGUGUCGCAUGCAAGGCAAAGUCGGGUACGCCAAAGACUUGGAUGAAACCGAUUCGUCCAUUGAUUUUUUGUCUCACUACCGACUGGUUGAUCCUGGAAAACUGGAGGGAUAUGCGCGCGCAUUUGUGGUGGAAGACCGUGACCUUGACACUGUUAUCAACUUCCUGGAGACUCAAACGGCACUUGAUGGCGUGACGAGCAUCCAACACAUGACCUCCAAACAGAUACAAUAUGUUCUCAAGGUGUUGGACAUAGAUGAUGCUAGUCAGGUGACAUUCCGUAUGUUCGCUGUGAUCACGGCUCUGUGCGAGCGGGUUACACAGAUGGACUCCAUCAGCAAGCAUUAUCUCGAGAUCUGCAACCUGGCUGACAUUGAGCGGAAGUUGGACUUGUACAAGGCGAUGUUCUACCACAACGUGGGUUCUGACAGACAGACGAACUUCAUCACAUCGGAGUCGCUGAAGAUCGAGCUGAUCGCAGGAGGACUCAACUGGAAGCAGCAGGAGUACAUCAUGGAGAAGAUGGAGCCGAACUCGUGGGGGGAGAUCUCCUUCCUCGACUACAUGUGCUACAUCCCGCUGUUCAUGUCGAUGCAUGACAACAUCUGCGACAACCCGCUGGACAUGUCAGAUCAGAAAUACGUCAUGCCCCCGCGACAGCGUCCCCCGUCCCCCCAGAGAGACAUGAACCCCCUGGGCAACGCCCUCAGCAAGUUCUCCAGCUUCCUGAUGAAGAAGCAGGCUCGGGACCUGAAGGAUGGGAGGCUGGACCCAAAGGUCGUCAAGGAGGAACAGCUGACCGUUCUUAAGUCAUAUGCAAAACUUCCCGACAUCGAUACGUUCGACAAGCCCAAAUACAAUGAGGACGAAGAGUAUGAAACGAUCGAUCUGAUUUACUGAUAUCAAGUUCCGCACAACCUUGAUCGGUGCAAAUCAAUAAACAGGCACAAGCGUCAAUUACACGGGCACCGUGCGCGUGCAUCUGACAAUGGCCAUGUUGUCGGAAAGCCAAUAGCUGUGCUCUUUUAGCAAAGAACGAACGAAAACGCCUUGAAACGUGUAACGCACACGCACCUGCACGUGGAAAACGUGUUGUUUGGCACGUGCGUAAAGUGUCAGCGAGGCACGGCGUGUGUUGGCGCGCAUGCUCAGAACGAUGGACACGUGGAAAGGACGUAAAUCAAAAUCCAGAUCUUGAAACGAAACAUGAGUGUGAUUUAAUGUCUCCGGGCAGCAAAUCGCUGCAAAACCAGACAUAUUUAAUUGCCAUUUUACUGCUUCUGUUAUUUCAUCUGGUGACCAUGUUUGGCUUGUUUGAGAUUUAUGUGAAGCAUGCACCGGUGAAAUGAUGCAGUUAGUUGAAUGCACAGUUUUUUUUCUGACGCGACGUUAAAGAUUCCACGCGCCAUGUUGUCGCAUUAACAUGUAUAGUACCGACUUAUGAUGUCGAUUAUGAAUUAAUAAUGUAUUGUAAUCGGUCAUGGUACGAUUUUCAAAUGAAGAUAUUUCUGUUUGGUCGUUAAUGAAAUGCCCUGGCGAGAAGCUCUAUGCAAUACGAAAAUUUAACUUCGAAGUGUUGCAGUCUUAUGGCCCAUGAUGCAUAAAGCUUACGUGAGCGUCGGCGAUGCGGCGACAGCUAACUUAGUGCUUUCCAAAUGAACAUUCCCAGGCUAUUCAUUGUUAAAGGGUUCGCUGGGGCCAUUAAUACGUAAAGUUUUGUCUUGUGGUGAAUACAUUAUGUCAGGAAUACGUGAUUGUAUUGCAAAUUGAAUGGAAAUUAAAUGUCACUU